AUCGUUUACGUAAUAUGAGUUUACUUUGACCAAAUAAAUUUAAAAGUCAAUCCUAAUUUUUCUUUUUAAAAAACAUAAUGUAGUUGGCCCUCGUCAAAUUUGGAUGCCUUCUCGUUACUCGUCUGCGGUUUCUCUCUAUCACUUCAAUUUUAUGUUAAUUGCAAAAUUAAAAUAAAAGAUGGCAAAACUAAUACAUGGCUUGAAAUUGGAGAUUUGAUCACUGUGUUGCCGAAAAAAAGAACGAUAUCUCACUAUCCGCACAUAACAAAAUUAAUUAAGGGAAGAUAGAUAGAUUAGUCAUCCUUAAUCUCAGGUUAUGCUCUCCAAGAGAAAGUGAGAAUAAAAGCCGCACAUGGAGAUCCAAUGGACCUUUCGUAAUUUACUCAAAUUUGCAGAUAAGCCCAUACUAAUUAGAUAAAUCAAAAGCCCAUAAAAGAAUAAUACAAUUAGGGUUUCGUCUUAACUAAUGUACUAUAUAUACAUUCGCCAGCCCGACAGGACAACACAACUUGUGUCCGUCUUGUUUUCGAUUGUUUUAUGUUUUUGAUUUUUUACACGUUUAAAUGGUCAGCUAUGAUGAAAAAAUCGUGUGCCAGAGAUGUGGGCUUUGUUCUCCAUCGCUGACGGUUAAACACAUCCCUCUAAGAAGUUCUGAGCUCUUUAUUCUUAUUUUUUGUUUUGAUUGGAUUGGGUUUUAUGGUAGUAAUAAUUAUUUUAGGUUUAUAAGUCGAGGUGACGAUAGAAAUUUCACAGGUCUGUCAAUCCCCUGAAACAUUCUGUGAUGUUAUUGUGAUAUCUCGACAGGUUCUGAUCGACUUAUUCAAAAGCCUUUCUUAUAAAUAUUUUUUUCGUUUUUAAUGAGUUUUGUUCUGAAUUAAUAUCGAAUCUGAGAAUAUGAUGAAUCUCAUAAAAGAAAUGGGUAAUUUGCGACUGAUAUUAUAUUGAUGUUUAUUCACCUUGGAGAACUGAUUCUCAGAUUCAAUAUGUUGUUAUUUUAUUUUAUGUUUGGUGCUGAUUUUGAUUAUUAUUUUUGUUAAUUUUGUUGGGGCAUAUGAUGAAAUUGUAUUUCAUGGGUAAUUUGCGUCUGAAUCUUGUUGAUGUAAUCUUUAUGAUUUUCUGAUGCCCAAAUGAAAAAUUACAUUGUGUUAUAAGUCGAGUUACAUCAAUAGUCAAUUCGACAAACAGUUGAGUUCUCUAUUCUUCAGUUUUGUCUUUUCUCCAAUGUUCAAAAAUAUUAAACGGAUUUGUAUGAGAGGAGAGAGCGAUGAUUAUGAUGAUGACGAUGAUACCAUAGAACAAUCCAACUCUGACAUCUUCUGAUGAACUUUACAUCAUGCACUACCAUCUGAAUCUCGUUCUCCCUCAAUUGAUAAAUUGAUUGUAUGGAUAUUUAUCUGUCCAAUAAAUGGAUUUUUUCUGUGAAACUUUGGUUAUCUGUUUUAGUGACAUAAACUGAAAAAUCAAAUUAGCCUUGGGGAGAUAGGUGAAAACUGCACCACGUAAUUUCGAAGUCUGUGUAAAAGUAAAAUUGCAUUAAAAUUCAGGAAAUGAGAAGUAGAGCUAAACUGUCAGUACGGAAAUUAAAGUUAAGGAUCUUUGAAUAGAUUGAAACUCCCACCUCCAUGGAGUAUAUAAUUUUGAUAUAUUUGUAAACUGUGUAAGACCACAUAUUCUCCCAUGUCAAAUUAAGUGUUUAAGUAUCUGUUUAUUCAGGCAAUUAUAACUCUACAAUUCUCCCUAAUGUCACCUUAAAUACCUGAAAGGACAUUAACAUUACCCAUUUCAACAUUGAUUCUACAAAAUAUAGAUAGAAAAGAUCUUGAUCCACCAAACCUUGGUGAGGAUCAACAACCCUCUGCCCUUGUAGGUCUAACGGUGACAGUUGGUUGUCGCGGCUAGAGUCUUUGCACGGUUAUCGUAGCCUUCUCCUCCCAUCGACAGAGUGUUUGUUCCAUGUUUUGUUGAACAAUACGAUCCUAUAGAAAAACAUAUUGUGCUCACUUGUUGCCUUCACACUCUCCACUGUUACUCACUGAACCAUUUUGCUCUGGUAGUUCCACAAACACCACUUCACCUAAAUGGCCUUGCAACAUGAAUGUCAUUUUCUCCUAUUUUUUCAGCAAAUCAUCUUACAAAGCUAUUAUCUUUAUAACAUUCUCCAUAGAGCUAGAGUCUUUUCAAAUUCUAACUGCAACAAGACUAAUUUGAUGUAGAGCAACUUCUGAGCUAUGUCUACAGUUAGAUUGUGAAACAAGUAACCGGGUUUGAGGCACCAAAAGUUACCCUCUGGUCAGUGAUGCCAAUGGGGGCAACAUGGCCUUCAUGUUUAACCCACUCGUGUCAAUUUGCAUACUUCAACCCCUCCAACUAUGCCCAUCUAUUUCAGGAUCUUUUUUCACUAGAAACCUCAAGAUUAUGUUCUAGAAAUACACUGGAAAAAAUCCUUGUUCAAAUUAGACGAGAGAAAAAAGAGAGCCAAGGGCACAUGCAAGAAACAGAAAUAUAAAGACGAAAGCUUUUUCAAUUUCUGGUGGUGUGUCUUAAUGGGCCUUUAAAUGUCUUAAUGGACCUUCAUUUGGGCUACGCACAAAAUGAUAUUUGAAAACGAAGUCGUUUCGUGAGCCGCUUCCUGCUUCCUCCCCCCUUCGUCUUGUAAUCGAAAACAUUCACCGUCACUUAGCUCCGGAGCUCGAUCUCGCUCAUCCUAUCGGCGGCAGUUAUUACAGGGACAAGGGCAGACCAUGAAUGCUAAUACAUCACAAAAGCUCGAAGCUUUGGCUUCUGAUGAUGGACCAGUGAAUGUAUACAUAUGGGACAUGGACGAGACUCUUAUCUUACUUAGAUCUCUCUUAAACGGGACCUACGCUGAGUCUUUCAACGGCUCUAAAGAUGUUAAAAGAGGUGUAGAGAUUGGUGAGAAGUGGGAGAAACACAUUCUUAAAAUCUGUGACGAUUGCUUCUUCUACGAGCAAGUUGAGGAUUGUAAUGAGCCGUUUAUUGAUUCUAUAAGGGAGUACGAUGAUGGGAAGGAUCUUUCUAGGUAUGACUUCAAGCAAGACGAGUUUGCUUCUCCUACUGAUGACUUGAACAAGAGGAAACUAGCGUACAGGCAUAGAGCCGUUGCGGAGAGAUACGAAAAGGGUUUAGCUCGGAUAGUUGACAGUGGAACAAUGAGUGUGUUGGAUGAGUUGUAUGAAGUGACAGAUGGAUACACAGACCGGUGGCUUUCUUCCGCAAGGGCCUUCUUAGAGCAAUGUUCAAAUGUGAAAGAAGCUUCUGUUGAUGGAACAGAUCGAAGUUCUCAGGAUAUACACAUUCUAGUGACUUCAGGGGCACUCAUACCAAGCCUUGUGAAGUGCCUGCUUUUCCGGUUAGAUAUGUUCUUGAGACAUGAAAAUGUGUACAGUUCAAUAGAUGUGGGGAAGCUCCAAUGUUUCAAAUGGAUCAAGGAGCGUUACAACCAUCCUAAGUUCAGAUUCUGUGCGAUUGGGGACGGUUGGGAAGAGUGUGCAGCCGCGCAGACGAUGCAGUGGCCAUUCGUUAAGAUUGAUUUGCAGCCGGAUAGCUCCUACAGGUUCCCUGGCGUAACGCCAAAGACUGUGAGCUACUACUUUGCUGCUGUAUAUGGCAACUCUGAUACUGAUACCAACAAAGAGUAAGUACCAGGAAAGCCUUUUCCUUUGUAACAUGCAAACUCACCAUUGUGUAUACAUUACUACUUUGCUGCUGUAUUUGGUAUCUAUAAACCAAGCAGCUCCUCUUGUAGUUUUAUAUUUAAGAUUUUGUCUUUUGCAAUAUUUGAUUGCUAGUUACUGUAUGGUGAGCCAUCACAAGUAAAUGGAAAAAUGAGAGAGAGACAUUCUCAUAUAGUCGGAUUUGUA